AUGUACAGAGGCAAAUCUUUACCCAUUCAAAAGCCAUCCGAUUGGAUUCGCUUCCGGAAGACACAGCCCGCUCGUGAUGUCUUUUGUGGUCGAGGCAAGGGGGGGAUUGCUCAGAAAGAUGGCAUGGCUCGGGUAUCAGAGCUUUAUGAGGCAGCCGGACGAAAGCUACCUGCAGACGCCGAAGAGGAUAGACCAUCCAAAGCUGGUGAUAGAUCCAAUGUACUCACCCCAUCUGAGCUAGCGCUUGACGACGACUCCAAGGCAGACAACAAUAGUGGGGUGGCCGCUGCAUCCCUUGCCUCUUCUAGGGCAAAUCGUGUUUCAAAAACAUACAAUUGCGAGAUGAUUCUGUUUACAGUAUCAAAAUAUAUUGGCCGCCACUCUUAUCAACUGACAACAACCACCCACGGGGCCACCCCGUUUGUUCAAAUUGCUGAGGAUCUAGAUGGGCCAAAUACUUUUGGGAAUCGUUUGCAUGCGUGGGUUGUAGGCCAUACAUCUGAUUAUAUUUCCUCAGCACUUGAUCCAGACCCCCCAAACUCCAAGCAUUCACUGAAGGUGACCACACGUAUGGCACGACUUGCUGCUAAAAAAACCAAAAACGUUUUCACCACAUGGCCUUGGACGAACUGCGAGGAGAGACUAGCCAAACAAAGGUUUAGGCUGGAGCUGAAUCCCCGGAUGAGAACACCGAUCAAGAAUAUCACCAACCCAAGUCGCUACCUGGGGCCAGGCGAUAUCAGGCAGCUCCAUCUUGACUUGGAUGACAAAUUCAUCAACAUAGUCCGAAUCACAACUGCUACGUCUUCACAAUUGUCUUCCGGAGCGACCAAACGCGUGCGCUCCGACAAGUCUAGCUCACAUUGCUCCUCAAGAUCAGGGUCCAGAACUCCCUCUGAGUCGUCCAGCCCUCAAAGGAAAGGUGUUGUCAAGAAACACUGCUACUCAAUAAAAUUGUCCAGCGACAAAGACAAUUCCGAUUCAUCAAAUGAACGUUCUGACUCUGACUAG